AGUGAGAAGCUUCCUGCGUAACCCAGAGCAGCGGGUUUUGUCAGUGACUGUGCGUGUGUUUUUGCAGGAUGUGGUGAGUACGAGAGGUGGUGCCGCUCACAGCUCGCGCGGUGACGAUUGGGACAGCAAGACGUGGCGCGCACUCAGAGACGGACGGCAGCUGGAAGACUCGAGCGAGUUGAAGUUCGUUGGGAAGGGCGGAAAAUUACGGGCCGACGGCCGCUCCAUACAAGGCAAGGUCGGGUGGGGAGCAGUUUAGGGAGCAGCGCUGAUCCAAUCAUCUGCGCUUCUGGGAAGAGCCGGAACCGAGCGACGCGACUCGUUUUGUUUUCUGUAAAGAAUUGUACGUGUUUGAGAUGUUUCUGUAGAAACUCUCUUGUUUCUUUAGUUGUUUACGUUAGUUUUUAGUUUUGUUGUUUGUUUUGGAUUUGUGUACUUUGGAGAUGAGUUCGUCAGUAAACGGGGUAGAACCCAAACCCGCACCAGCGGUCAGUCAGAACGGACCAAAUUCUGCUCCGACCCCCAACGAUGUCAAAACACCCGAGCCGGUGGUACCGGACGAGGAGCCGCAGUCUUCGGUGACGGACGCCACGCAGAUGGGAAUUAAGUUCGCCAAGACAUUCCUGCUGAUCUUUCCCAUCUACGUGCUGGGAUAUCUGGAGUUCAGCUUCAGCUGGGUCCUCAUCGGCUUGGCCGUGCUGUUCUGGCUCAAAAGGAACCAGGGCAGCAGAUUCGCUCGGGUCAACCAGGCACUGGCGUUUCUGGAGCAAGAGGAGCGAGCGGUGCGUCAAACCGUCCGGAGCUCAGAGCUGCCGCCGUGGGUUCAUUUUCCAGAUGUGGAGAGAGUGGAGUGGCUCAACAAGACUGUGCAUCAGAUGUGGCCAUAUAUUUGUCAGUUUGUAGAAAAAAUCUUCAAAGAGACUAUUGAACCGGCAGUGCAGGGAGCCAAUGCGCACCUUAGUACUUUCACCUUCUCCAAGAUAGACAUGGGGGACAAGCCUCUCAGAGUGGAUGGAGUGAAAGUUUAUACAGAGAAUGUAGAUAAACGACAGAUUAUUAUGGACCUACAGAUCAGUUUUGUCGGAAACACUGAAAUUGAUGUGGACAUUAAGAAAUACUACUGCCGUGCAGGAAUCAAGAGCAUACAGCUUAAUGGGGUGUUAAGGGUCAUCAUGGACCCGUUGCUUGGAGACAUGCCUCUGAUUGGCGCCCUGUCAGUGUUCUUCCUCAAGAAACCCUUUCUGGAUAUAAACUGGACGGGACUUACAAAUAUGCUGGACAUCCCUGGAAUAAAUGGUCUGUGUGACAGCGUUAUUCAGGAUAUCAUAUACAGUUACCUUGUGCUGCCAAACAAAAUCACUAUUCCACUUGUAAAUGAUGCGCAGAUUUCCAGACUCCGCUUUCCUAUGCCGAAGGGUGUUCUGCGGAUUCACUUUCUGGAGGCACAGGACCUGGUAGGGAAGGACACGUUUCUGGGUGGUAUGAUAAAAGGAAAGUCGGACCCGUAUGGCGUCAUUCAGCUCGGUAAUCAGCUCUUCAGAUCCAAAGUCAUCAAAGAGUCGUUAAACCCUAAAUGGAAUGAAGUAUAUGAGGCAUUUGUGUACGAUCAACCAGGACAGAAUGUGGAGAUAGAGCUAUAUGAUGAGGACACAGAUAAGGAUGAUUUUCUGGGAAGUCUUACUAUCAACGUAGAUGAACUACAGAAGGAACAGAAAGUAGAUGAGUGGUUUGUACUUGAUGAUACUGCUAAAGGGAAGCUUCACCUGAAGAUUGAAUGGCUUUCUCUUCUCCCUACACCUGAUAAACUCGAUGAGGUUUUAAGCAACAUUAAAGCAACUAAAGGGCAGGCCAAUGAUGGACUGUCAUCUGCAUUACUGCUGGUGCUGCUGGACUCUGCCAAAAAUCUGCCAUCCGGUAAAAAGGUCACCAGUGUGCCCAGUCCAUUCGUCCAGUUUACUGUGGGACACAAAUCCUUUGAGAGCAAGACACGAUUUAAAACCAACGAGCCAGUUUGGGAGGAGGCCUUCACAUUCCUGAUCCACAAUCCAAAGUGUCAAGAACUUGAAGUCGAGGUAAAGGAUGACAAACACGAGUGUUCCCUAGGGACAGUUUCUUUUCCUCUGUCUAAGCUGCUGCAGGAGGAUCAGAUGACUAUCAGUCAGCGAUUUCCUCUCAAGAACUCAGGACCCGGUGCUACACUAAAGAUGAAGAUGGCACUUAGGAUUCUCUCUAUGGAAAAGUUGGCUGUGUCAGAUCAGCCGUCUUCAGUUCAGAUCCGUCGCCCCAGCUCCAGCGUGACCCCCAGCCCCUCCCCUCAGCAGGCCCAAGUUUCAGAGCCCACCCCGGCAUCCAAAGUCCAGCAGCCCACCCCUGCACCCAGGACCCAACCCACCCCAACACCCUCUCCACGAGUGGAACCCCUAAUGGACAACAGGCCAUCGGAGGACUCGCCUAGCCGUCUGGCUAAAUCAGGGCGGAGCACGUCUAACCUAGCCAUUUCUGGCUCUCUGCUAAACCUGAACAACAAAGAGCCGACACCCAGCAUAGCAUCUGACAUCUCCAAUCCCAGCACCACCCAGGAGCUCCAGAGGACAAUACAACAAUUACAGAACGGCGCCUCACCUGGUUUCGCUCCAUUGGGGGAAAUUCAGUUAACCAUCAGGCAUAGUGCCCAAAGAAACAAAUUAAUUGUCGUGGUGCACAGCUGCAGAAAUCUGAUCUCUUCUACUGAAAGUGGUUCUGAUCCAUACGUCCGUUUGUAUUUGCUGCCUGAUAAACGACGCUCUGGACGCAGAAAAACAAAUACGAUAAAGAAAACGGUGAACCCAAUCUACGAUCAAACGUUUGAAUUCAGCGUGUCACUUGUGGAGUUGCACAGAAGAACUCUAGAUGUGGCCGUGAAGAAUGGAGGAGGAAUCCUGUCAAAACACAGAGGGCUGCUUGGAAAGGUGUUAGUUGACUUGACUUCUGAGGAUAUAUCAAAGAGCUCAACGCAAUGGUAUGAGCUUUCAGUGGACGGACAGAAGCGGUCAUCCCCUUAAUCAAAGGAACUGACCUUUUUUCCGCCGACACAUUAAAAAUACUACAAAUCCCUACAAGACUCCAAACCUCAGCCAUAUUUAAGUAAUCUGUUUAAGCCUUUGGGCAAAAUUUGUACUUGAUGGUUCUUCAGUUUUAAUCACUUUUAACAGAUUGUAAAAGAAAAAACUCUAUUGAUGUCAUGUGCACUGACUUAGCAAGAGUGAAUGAGAGAGUGAAAGAGAAUGAGAGUAUUUAGAGAUUUUUAAAGGGAUUCGGUUCAGCAGCAUCUGUUGGAUUGGCUAGUUGUUUACGCAUUAAGACUUUUAAACCAAGAGUGGCAAACUCUGACAACACCCACCAUUUACACAUUAAUGGUGGAGAGAUUAUAUAUAUAUAUAUAUAUAUAUAUAUAUAUAAGAUCAGACUGUAAAUAAAUAUACAUGGAAUAUUAAAAAGGAAUUCUAGUAUUUGGAAAAGUUUAAUAAAUAUUAAUCUAAGAGUUCUUGUUAAACAAGCACUGAACUCGCGCUUGCUUUGAAAGUGUUAUAAUCUCUGUUAAUGUCUACAGAUGACAAAUCUACCAAAGAAGUACUUUGCUUAUUAUAAAGUGUGUGAGUGUGUGGUUAAACCAAAAAAUGCACCUAAAUGUUUUGCACACCCAAGUGUUCAUAUAUGUAUGUGUUUAUAUGUUAUCUGGUUCAGCGUUCAUCAUCACAGCACUAGCUGUCAGUGCUUAAACAUGCAUGGGCAGCUAGAGUGUCACGUGAUCUUGCAUAUCUAACGUUGUCAUAUCUCUGAAUCUUGUUUGGCUUUUCUAUAGUUCUCAGUCACAUGUUCACUCCUUUUCCAAAAACACUUGUUCACCUCUCACCCACCUCAUCCCAGCCGUGCUUCCUUCAUCAUCUGCAUCUCAGAGUUAUAUAAAAUGUCUGAUCUUAAGUGAAGGUUGUGGUUUCAUCUACUGCAGUGUCACUGAGCUGAGCUUAUGGUGUGCAGAUGGUCAAACCUCAAACUGUUUUGACUUUAUUUCUGUCAGCAAGAAUGUGUUUUUAUUAUAUAAAUUAUUGUGUAUAUUAUUAAAGAUUUUAUUAUGCUUAUUAUUAUGAUUAAUACUUAUCACAAAAAGCAAACGUAUGCGGUCAGAGCACUCCCCUGUGCUGAGCUUGCCUUAUUGAUGUAUAUAUAUUUCCUGUGCCUUAUGACCAACAAUAUACUUACCUUAGAGGAUAAUGGGCAUCAGAUAUAGGAUUGUAAAGUCUCUGUAUUUGAUGAUGUCCACCAUUUUCUUUUAAUAAACAAUUUCUUCUGUGCCGGUAAA